GCGUGAGUCGCGCGUGCGCGGGAGCCGCCCAGGCGGGUGUGAGGCGGCGCGCGGGGCGGGUAUCGCGAUAGUCGCGCGGCCCGGACGCUCCGCUGCCCGUGGGCGCUGCGCAGGUGUGGGCCCGCCGGACGGCUCGGCAGUGAGCGAGGAGGCGCGUCCAGCCCGGCGCGAGCGGCUGCCGGGGCACGGCCAGGGGUGCGCGAGAGACUCGCGGAUUUAAAUUAAACAAAAAUGGACUGGAGCGGAAAGCACAAUGGGCCCAAUGAUACAACCAAUGACGGAACAGUGGUACGACUCCGAGGCCUGCCGUUUGGUUGCAGCAAAGAAGAGAUUGUUCAGUUUUUCCAAGGGUUGGAAAUCGUGCCAAAUGGGAUAACAUUGACGCUGGACUACCAGGGGAGAAGCACAGGGGAGGCCUUCGUGCAGUUUGCUUCAAAGGAGAUAGCAGAAAAUGCUCUGGGGAAACACAAGGAAAGAAUAGGGCACAGAUACAUUGAAAUCUUCAAAAGUAGUAAGAGCGAAAUCAGAGGAUUCUCUGACAUGCCAAGAAGAAUGAUGGGACAACAGCGACCUGGACCAUAUGAUAGACCAUUAGGAGGAAGAGGGGGUUAUUAUGGAGCUGGGCGUGGAAGUAUGUAUGACAGAAUGCGUCGAGGAGGUGGUGGAUAUGACGGUGGAUAUGGUGGCUUUGAUGAUUAUGGUGGCUAUAAUAACUAUGGCUACGGAAACGACGGCUAUGACGACAGGAUGAGGGAUGGGAGAGGUUUUCCAAUAGGCAUGGGAGGACAUGGCUAUGGAGCUGGAGAUGCGGGGUCGGGGUUCCAUGGUGGCGGUCAUUUUGUUCACAUGAGAGGGCUGCCUUUCCGAGCCACGGAAAACGAUAUUGCUAACUUUUUCUCACCAUUGAACCCUAUAAGAGUUCACAUUGAUAUUGGAGCAGAUGGAAGAGCUACAGGAGAGGCAGAUGUGGAGUUUGUAACACAUGAGGAUGCAGUAGCUGCCAUGUCCAAGGAUAAGAACCACAUGCAGCAUCGGUAUAUUGAACUGUUCCUGAACUCUACUGCUGGAGGUGGCUCUGGAAUGGGAGGCUACGGCAGAGAUGGAAUGGAUCAAGGUUACGGCUCUGUCGGUAGAAUGGGAAUGGGUAGCAAUUACAGCGGUGGAUACGGAACUCCUGAUGGCUUGGGUGGAUACAGUCGUGGCAGUGGAAAUAGUGGAGGAUACUAUGGGCAAGGCAGCAUGGGUGGAGGAGGAUGGCGUGGGAUGUAUUGAAGGAUAGCCUUGCUUCUGCAGAACAUCUUGGAAGAAACAGUCUCUGGUCUACUAGACUUUCUUACAAAAUUUAAUUUCUUUUGUAUUUUAAGAACUUUAUAAUGACUGAAGGAAUGUGUUUUCACAAUAUUAUUUGGUAAGCAACAGAUUGUGAUGGGAAAAUCUGUUUUCUGUAGGUUUUAUUUGUUGCAUACUCUGACUUUAAAUAAAUUUUUAUAUUCAAA